CCAUCAACGCCCUUUCUUCCAUCUUCAUCUCACUUUUCCAUCCCCAACUCACAGCCAGCACUCAGUCAAGUCGCUUUUUACGCGUCUACUUCAAUACCCAACUCUCUCCCACAACUCACCCCAAACCCCAAAUUCAAAAAUGACUGGAGGCGGAAAGUCCGGCGGCAAGGCCAGCGGUUCCAAGAACGCGCAAUCUCGUUCCUCUAAGGCCGGUCUCGCAUUCCCUGUCGGUCGUGUUCACCGUCUGCUCCGCAAGGGCAACUACGCCCAGCGUGUCGGUGCUGGUGCCCCCGUUUACCUCGCCGCAGUCCUCGAGUACCUUGCUGCUGAGAUUCUCGAGCUUGCUGGCAACGCCGCCCGCGACAACAAGAAGACCCGCAUUAUUCCUCGUCAUCUUCAGCUCGCCAUCCGCAACGAUGAGGAGUUGAACAAGCUUCUCGGCCACGUCACGAUCGCCCAGGGUGGUGUUCUGCCCAACAUUCACCAGAAGUUUCAAGACCUGCUGCCCAAGAAGACUGGCAAGACUGGCAAGAACCAGAGCCAAGAGUUGUAA